UAAACAACAACGCGCUAACAGCGUCACCUCUGCAGCAGGUUCUCAGUAGUAUUGAUUAUCUAUUCUUUAUAUAAUCUAUACAUUACAGAAUCUAUUCGAUACUUCGAUAUUAUAAGCGCUUAUGAUUCCGUUGCCGCCAUGUUGGAUGAUUCUCAGUUUAGCAGUAGAAGAAGAUUCUUCAUUCAUGUUCUGCGUUGAGUUGUAACCAGAGCCAGCGGUGUUACCUGUCACAGGUAAGAAUGGAAACAUGCGUAUUAUCGUGUUGCUUAAACUUUUGCAUCAACCUAACUUUAGACUAACGUGUCUUUGCUAAACAAACGCGUCUGACUCUUCAAACAUGGUCACGACCGCAUGACGCCGCCUGUCCGUCAACGCAGCAACUGACCAAUCCGCGGGCGCAAUUUGAAUCCAGUGAAACGCCCCUUACCUGGAGGAACGGAAGCCAUCUUUACCUCCGACAACAUUGGCGGGGUUCCGCAGAGAUUUGGUGUAAAAUAACGGAAUCAUGGUUAAACGUUGUCAGUGGGGAACGUGCAACUCCGACACCCGCUACCCGGAGCGCCUAGAGGGCGGGAUUCACUUUAUUCCGUUUCCCAAACCCAAACGGAGUCUGGACAAAUGUAAACGAUGGAUCAAGGCCUGCGGUCGACCUCAUACUCGCUUGAAUGAAACGAUGAUUAAUGGAAACUACCACAUGUUUGUCUGCACGAAGCAUUUUCCGGAAGGCAAGCCGACAGACAGAUUUCCAGAUCCGGUUUCUUUUGAUCCCAAAGCCUCAAAAACCUCCAAACCAGUCGGGCGUCUCCGGGACCGGACCCGGACCCGGCGCCGGUGCCACGGAUCCCCAGCAUCAAAACAAGAAGACACACUUAGCCACUUAGGUGACAGCCUCCAUCGCUCACAGCCGGGACGCUCUGAUGCUGCUGUUAAGACUUCUUCACUAAGGCUUUCUGCACGGGGAAAGCUGGAACUGGUCGCUGAAAACGAGGCUUUGAAGCGACAGCUGAAAGCAGAUCAAGAGAUUUAUGCCACGAAGAUUUCUGAACUGGUGCUGAAAAACAAACUUCUUUGGCGGGAAAACAUGAAGCUGCGGAGGAAUCUUUAUGGAAAGACACAAAAAGAAAAUUCAGCAGGAAGCAUCGUAACAUCUGACAGUUUCAUGGUGACCGAGGACAAACGGGGAAACUCUGCAGAGCAGCUGCAGCAAAUGUUUCCAAAAGAGAGUGUGCGCAGGAAGCAGAGGGAAGUGGCUGCUAGAAGCGAAGACUUUUCUGCCAGUGUGUCGGCCUCGCUGUGCACUGAGCAUUUCAGGCCAGCGGACUUCGACAGGACGGGUCAGACCGUCCGGCUCCGAGCCGGGGCCGUUCCUUUGCCAGCUCAUCUGCACCAGGCUCAGGAGACCCCGACACUGCAGCUCUGCCAGCUGGUCCAGGAGCCGGGCCCCCAGCCUGGACCCCCACAUGCUGUUUCCAUAGCAACAAUGGCAAAAAGCCCUCAACCAAUCAAAGAAGAGCGUGUUGAACUGUGGAUCGUUCAGGAUGGAGGGCGGCUCGUAGUGAAGCAGGAGACCAAGGCCUCUCUGGAGAACCCUGCAUGUGAAAUACUCCACCAUGGACCAGAGCAGAUCCUACAGAUUAAAGAGGAACCAGAACCUGUGCAGAUUAAAGAUCAAUCAGAACCUGUGCAGAUUAAAGAGGAACCAGAACCUGUGCAGAUUAAAGAGGAGCAGGUGGAUCUCUAUGGUGAUCGGGUUAAAGGUCACCUUGUAGUGAAGCUGGAGCCUGAAACCUUCAUUGUGACUCAAACUACAGAGCAAAAAGACGACUGCGAACCAAACCAGAACCAGAUCCUCUCUGCUAACCAACCUGAGGCUGAGAACCAGCAUCACCGUAGAAGAAUCCAGGAAGAUGUAGAUCUGGAACCGGAGGACACCAGAAGCCACUGGGACAAUAUGGACGAUUCACCACUGAGACAUGAAACAGGUGAAACAACUUCCUCCUGUGACAGUGAUGAUGAUGAAUUUUUGGCUCUUCACUUGGGUAGGAAGCCUUUGUCAUGUCCAAAGUGUGGAAAAUAUUCAGCUCUCUCUUCCAGAAAAAACAAUCACAGGAAAAGGCGCCGCGGCGAUCAACGCUAUUCUUGCGAAGUGUGUCAUAAAUUCUUCACUCUAAAAUCCAGCUUAGUUUGCCACCUUCGAAUUCACACAGGUGAGAAACCGUUUCCUUGUAAACUGUGUGAGAAAUCUUUCAAACAGCGAGGUACCCUGACUAUUCACCUGAGAACUCACACAGGUGAGAAACCUUACUCAUGUGUAACUUGUGGCAAACGUUUCAUCUCAAAUUCUUCAUUAACUGCUCAUUGGAGAACUCACACAAGACUGAAGUUGUAUGUUUGUAAAUUAUGUGAUAAAUCUUUUAAACGUCAUGGAACCUUGGCUAUUCACCUUAAAACUCACAAGCAGGAUCCUUGUUAAAUUGAUAAAUCUGUUCGUCACCCAGGAACGUCAGACACACAAGCUGAUUUUGUGGAAAAUCAUCUAAAGUUGUAAUGUGACUCAAACAAGUGAGAUAAGAUCCAGUCUUAUCUAUAAACUGUAAUAAAUCUUUUGAAUUCA